AUGCAGUUCCUUUGGGUCGUCGUGGGCCAUUUGCAUCGCCUCCGGAAGUCAUCCGUCAUCUUGGCCAUUCUGACGCUUCUCCUUUACAACCUCUUCUCUGUGAUCUUCUUCACCAAUGUGGAAGGAUGGGACUGGAGUCAUGCGAUCUACUUUGCUAUGGUUACAAUGUCGACGGUGGGCUUCGGUGACUUAUACCCAACGCAGUGGUACUCGCAAUUGGUAGCUCUUCCCUUCAUCCUGGUGGGGAUCGUGCUGGUCUUCGGCCAGAUUGGCUCCGUCGUGGGCCUCGUGAUCGAGCCGCUCUUCAAGGGCUCCCGUGCACUGGUGGAACGCGUGGUGCCUGCGACGUACGUCGACAUCACCGGGAAUGGCAAGCCGGAUUUCAAAGUCCCUCGCCGACCUAUGAUUUUCUACUCCAAGGGCAUGAUAGGCCCAAUCGUCAUCUUGCUGCUUUUUCAAAUGGUUUCUGCUUGCAUUUUCGUCGCAGUAGAGCCCAGUUGGGACCUCUGGACAGCUUGGUGGUACGUGAUGGUCACCGCCACCACCGUGGGAUAUGGCGACAUGAGUGUCAGCAAAGACAAUGUGGGCGCGCUGAUUUGGGCAUCAUUUCACAUCCUGGUCUCAGUCAGUUUGUUGGCUGCCCUCGUUGGAGAUAUUGAAGUGCUGAUGGAAGAACGGAAAGAGUUGAUGACGCGCGCCUUCCAUUUCAAGAAGUGUCAUGAGAAGGAAACCUUGAAGUCUUUGGAUAUGGACAAAUCAGGAGAGCUUCGACGAUAUGAGUUUAUGGUGGGUAUGCUUCUACAGAUCGGCAAGUUGAGCCACGAAGAUCUUCGACCCUUGGAGGCGCUCUUUGACAAGAUCGACGUCGACAAGGACGGCGUGGUGAAGCCUCAUGCUUUGGAGGUGGCAGUUGGGCAAGAGCUGGCAGAUGCAUCAGUGCAGAAUGCGAUGAAAGUCCUGGAAGCGGCUGUUGGAGAGGAGAUGGUAGACAUGGAGCAUGAGCAAGAGAAGGGAAAGGUGAAACCUUCUGUGACUCCGGUGUAG